AUGGCUUCCAGCGACAAGGAGCCGAAGCCGAGUCCGAUGAGGGACGGAGAAGGGGCUGUGCCGCCGGGGAAAAAGACGACGGCGGGCUCGGCGGCGCUGGACAUGGGGGCGCAGGUGGUGCAGACCAUGAAGCCUAUCCGCCAUUUCCAGCAACACGUCUGCACCUUCUCCCUCUACGCUCACGACCUCUCCCGCCAGAUCGAAGCCCACCUCUUCCUCUCCCGUCUCAACGAGGACCUCCUCCAGUGCGCCGUCUACGACUCCGACCUCCCCUCCGCCCGCCUCAUUGGUCAAUCCCCCUUCCCUCCUUCCCUCUCUCUCUCUCUCUCUCGAUCUCUUUCUCUCUGUGACCGCCGUGGGGGGUUGCAGGGGUGGAGUACAUGGUGUCGGAGGGGAUCUUCGAGGGGCUACCGGAGGAGGAGAAGAAGCUGUGGCACUCCCACGCGUACGAGAUCAAGUCGGGGAUGUGGGUCUGCCCGAGGGUGCCGGAGGCACUGAGCAAGCCGGAGUUGAAGGGGCUGAGCAAGAGCUACGGCAAGUUCUGGUGCACCUGGCAGGUCGAUAGAGGGGACCGGCUGCCGCUGGGAGCCCCGGCGCUCAUGGUGGCGCCGCAGGGCGUGCCUCGGGGCCGAGUGCGGCAGGAGCUGGUGAGGAGCCGCGACGAUAGGUACCGGGUCUCCAGCGACGAGCUCAAGCAGUCGAGGACGGAGAUGGAGGAGCCCGAGUGGAUAAACCCUAGAUCGGACUACUGGAAGCAGCACGGCAAAGCCUUGGCUCUCGACGUUGUUGAGGUAGACAUGAAACGAGGAGAUCCCUCCUUCCCCUGA